AUGCGGCUGGUUGUGUUUCUGGCGCUGCUGCUCCUUGCGGGGCUCCACUGCGUCGUGGACGCCGUUGAUGCCUCGGCCACCGCCUCAUGGAGUAACGCGACGGUGUUGGCGUCGCCGGCGCUUGAGGUUGCGCUCACGACGGGGGACACCCCGCAUCUGCCAGUGGACGCACGGAUCAAGAUCCAGCUGGACGCGCUGUUCACAGUCGCACCGGACGCGGCGCUGGAUGAUGCGGCGCUGAGUGAGGCGCUGGACGGCACUUGGAGCGUCGACGUGGACACGAGCGCCAACUCGUUGACAGUGCAGCGCAGCGGCAACGGCUCC